CGAUCAUGCAAGUACGCAACAAUCUAGACGAUCUACGACGAAGGAUGGGUCGACCGGAUGCGUCGUCUACACCGUUAUCGUCCACGAAAGCUCCUAUCAAGAUUGACGACGACGAACCCGUGGCGAGUAGAGAGAGCGUGAAUAGCAAGACCAGCAAAGUGAGCAAAUUCAAACCAGCUACCGUCGUGUCUCCCGUUAGUUCUGGAGAUAAAGAAUCAUUUGCGUCUACGUCUGCGAUCCAACAACAGAAGCGUGCACUCUCGAAUACACCAGCUUUAGAGCCAUCUAGCAAACGUGUACGGCAGCAGUCUCUACCAAAGACCCAUAAUGAUACGAUAACCUACGUAGAUGAUUCGGACGAUCUCAUUAAUGAUACCUUCACUGGAGACGUUUUAAAUGACUUGAAUAGCCAGGAGAAAUACAUCAAACCUGUUGAGAACAAGGAAAUUACAUCUAGUAGACCUUCUCGACAAUACAACUCAGAUCUGAACUUACUAUCAGUCUCUGUCAUACAGAAUCUGUUAUGCACUACUCUCAGGAGGAAGGAUGGCGUCAUGGAAGAGCUUCUGUCCUUCUAUGAGCAGGGUCUCGACGAUGGAACCGUAGACCGUGACUAUCUUCUCAACGAGAGACAUCGGCUACAAGACCGCAUAUUGAAUCUAGAAAAAGCGCUUUCAAAAGCCAAAAUGAGUGAAGAAAGUAGUGGAAAACAGGGCGCACCGACUAGUUCGCAAAAUACGCGCAAUGAGCCUGUCGUCGCAAUCGAUUCUUCACCUAUGGCGCCAAAGUAUACCACGCUACCACCACGUCGAGAACCUUUAGGAAGCGUUACGAAUGAAAAUCCACCAAUACUUAAUAGAACAGAAUCUUCAAUAAUGCCCUUCGCAGACAACAUGAUGGAUCUCGAUGGUGUCGAUUUACACGAACCACUGAUGUCAGAUGACGAUGUUGCGCCGAUGAACAUGCAAUCAUUUGGUGAUGUUCCCGAAGACGAUGAAGUCAGCGUGAUGGAACCACCACCAAGAGCUCCAGAAGUUGUGAAACACGAAGAAGACAACUACCCUCGAUACCCAUGGUCGCGAGACGUCGAAAAAGUGAUGCACGACAUGUUCAAACUUAACGCGUUUCGUAAAAACCAACGUGAAGCAAUUGACGCGACGUUGGAUGCCAAAGACGUCUUCGUAUUGAUGCCAACUGGUGGUGGUAAAUCAGUUUGUUACCAAAUACCAGCAUGCGUAGAUCUAGGAAAAACUCAUGGUGUUUCUAUCGUCAUAUCUCCCUUGCUUUCGUUAAUUCAAGAUCAAGUUCAGCAAUUAGUAUCAAAAGAUGUCCCAUCGUAUGCCUAUUCUGGUGGCACAGCACUCGCUGAUAAACGCGCAAUUCAGGAUGAUCUGCGAAGACCGAAACCAAUAACGCGAUUGCUUUAUGUCACCCCUGAAAUGCUUGGGCAGAGUAAUGCUUUUAAGGAUAUAUUGAAACAACUUCACGCAAAGGAUCAACUCGCACGGUUUGUAGUUGAUGAAGCUCAUUGUGUCAGUCAGUGGGGACAUGAUUUCAGACCUGAUUACACCAACCUUGGCCAACUUCGCGAUGACUUCCCUGGCGUUCCUUUUAUGGCGCUCACCGCAACAGCAAAUGAGCGCGUAAAGUCAGACAUCAAAAACAGUCUAAGGAUGAAAGGAUGCGUCGAGCUCAAAUCGUCUUUCAAUCGCAAGAACUUGUUUUAUGAAAUCAAGCCAAAAAAUGGCAAAACAGUUUAUGCUGAUAUACAAAAUCUAAUAAAUAACAAGUUUAGAGGCCAAACAGGUAUAAUUUACUGCUCUUCGAAACGCGCUUGUGAAGAUGUCGCAAGCAAAUUAAGACACGAGUAUGGUCUACCUGCCCAGCAUUACCAUGCAGGACUUAGUCGUGACGAUCGUACGAAAAUACAGAUAAACUGGCAAAAGAAUAGGUUUCUAAUUAUUUGUGCUACCGUUGCAUUUGGUAUGGGUAUUGAUAAACCUGAUGUCCGAUUCGUUAUCCACUUCUCAAUGCCGCAAUCAUUGGAAGGCUAUUAUCAAGAAACCGGAAGAGCUGGUAGAGAUGGUGAACAUAGCAACUGUAUUCUCUAUUUCGCUUAUAAAGAUACGAUCACGAUAAAUUACCUAAUUGACAAUGGUGAAGGCACACAUGAGCAGAAGGCAACCCAAAGGUCGAAUUUACGUCAAGUUGUACAGUUCUGCCUGAAUAAAACAGAUUGUAGGAGAACUCAAGUACUCAACUAUUUCGGUGAGCAUUUCGAUCCACGGAAAUGUCACAAAACUUGCGAUAAUUGCUUCGCGGGUGUGGGAACUGAGAAGAAAGAUGUCACUGAGGAAUCAAAAAAUGCCGUACAACUCGUCAAAGAUGUCUUCAGGUCGAGUGUAACGAUGCUUCAUUGCGUUGAUGUUUUCAAAGGCUCAGGAGCGGCUAAAAUACGUGAUAAAGGACACGAUCAGAUACCAUCAUUUGGUAAAGGUUCACACAUGGAAAAGGGAGAUGUUGAGAGACUCUUUCAGCUCUUGUGGACUGAGCAAGUACUAGGUGAACGAUAUGAGCAAAAUAAGCAAGGCUUCACCAAUGCCUAUAUCAAACUCGGUGCACAAUACCAACAAGUCUUAAAUGGAAAGAGAAGAAUAUACAUGACGGUUGGCAAAUUUGGUUCUCGCAGACAAAAUGAUAGGAAUAGCACUGGCGGUGCUUCCACUUCUAGAAAGAAACCCACCAAGGAUGUCGAGGAAGAUACUGAUUACGAGGAGAUUGACUCUGAUCAUAGCUUUGUGCAAAGUUCAGCGAAUAAUGGUGGUUUCACGACAUUCAAACAGCAGACGAGACAGAAGGCAAAUGAGAAAAACCAUCGGAUUGAUGUCGCUGACUCGGAUGAUGAGAUCGACCUCACAGGUGAUGGUGAUACAAACAUCCAUAACAAUUGUUUCGAUGAGCUCACACAGUUGAAAUUGAAGUUAAGUAAAACGGGUAAACCUCAGCCAUCUGAUGCCACACUCGAGACACUCUCUUUAACACUACCAAAUUCUCUCAAAGAUAUUACCAACACUGAAGGUAUCGACGAUGUCAAUUACGACGUGCAAUAUCUUGAAGUAACAAAGAAAUACAACAAGGUGAGACCUGGAUCCAGGAAGACGUCUAUGCAUACAGACACAUCAAUCACACCUGGUUCCCUCGCAUCGAAAUUUGCCUACAAGGUCCCAGACACGAGCAACAAUAGCAUAUCAUCAAACAAGAGUUCAACCAGUCGGGCUAACAAAUAUACUAGAGUUGACAACAAGAAGACAUCAUCGACGGGUAUAAGAGCAAUGGUACCGGGAAGAAAAUAAAAACGCAUAGCAUAAAUUAUCAUUAGUUGUGUAUUAAUAGAAAAAUGUAUAGAAAAUUAUGUAAA